UUGUCCGGCAAUAAGUUUUGUCGAGUGGGGUUCAAAUGGAAAAGAAAAGUUUUCUUCUCGAAUGGAAACCAUUUGUCGCAUUGUUCCCUUUAGAUGGGGAGAAAAGGGAAUCAUUUCAGCAUCUUCAGUCCAUGCCUCCAUGUCAUAUUCAUGGCCAGCGCCCUCAUAAGGUUUCUCGCUAGGAUUCCCAAUAGGCCGCCACGUGUAACUCAUUUAGCCCCCGACAGACGAAGGAGAAAACCUAAAGGGCUCCUAUAAAUAAAAGGCCCAGACAACGUUAACCAACCAGGAAAAUCCAACCCCCCCCCCGGGCUUCUUCGAUUCCAAAAGCCCGGGGCGUCUCUUUCCUUGUCUCUCUCUCUCUCUCCCCCCUCUGCCUGCCCCUUCUGUCUCGUAUGUAUAAAUAGUUGUGCAGUGAGUGAUUCUUCCGUAACUGAAGGAAGGCAAAUGCUGCAAAACAAUCGCCCAAUUGGGAUGCGAUGUAAAUGCCGAUGCUCGUCUUGUAGCGAUUUUCUGUAGCAAAAUCAGAUCUUGAUUCCUCUCAUUUCACAAUUCCGUACAAACGGAAACAGUUCGAGGGAGGGAGGGAGGGACGGAAUGGGGAGUCUGCAGAAAGUGAAGCACCUCACGACAAGCUGUGCAGUUUCUGGAAGUACCACCCGGAGCCCCUCAGCCAGCCCCGUCGUGCACCUCCGCCGCCGCCGCAGAAAGACAUUGCGCAUGCUCCUCGACCACUCCGACGAUCGCCGGCAAUUCCGCUCCAAUUCUCCCGAAGUCAAAUUCGCCGCCGGCCACGAGGAUUCACAGAUGGAGAGAGCGGGCAGUAGUCUCAGAUCGCGCCGUAAAUUGAAGGACCUGUUCGUGUCAUCGUCCCCACCAUUGGAAGGGACAGAAUCGCCAUCGGACAAUGGAGGAGAUACUGAAAUUGGAGAGCGUCUGGUGACAGGCACUGCGGCAACUCCGGAGAUCAGCUCAGUGCUGCGCCGGCGGUACACCGGCUCUCUGCGGCCCUCGGUGGGGCCGUUCCGGUAUCGGCUGCUGAGGAGAGCCUGGCGACCUGCGCUUGUCCCAAUCCCCGAGUAGAAGUAGUAUGUAUGUACUGUCCGUAACAUUCCGUCCAUGUCAUUAAUUGGAAUUUUUCAUUUAAUUAAAAAAUUUUAUUAUA